AUGCGAUUAAGGAAUACAGACAGGGCGUCACGUAGCUCAGGUCGUCGCAAUAAUGUUGUUUCAUGGAUCUCUGAAGUUAAAGACACAUCUAAUGUGGCCGUAAGAAAGAAAAGGGGGAGAAGAGCACCUCCAUCUGCUAAAAGGUUGCGUGAUAAAAGGGUGAAUAAGGCGAUUGAAAGUGAUGGUGCUGUUGACAGUGACAGUGAUGAUACAGAUGGACAGGUUGGCAAAAGUCAGCCUAGUGCACACAUUGAGGAACAGGAAGGUCCAUCCUCAGCUUCAGAAGAACAGGACCAUUCAACAAACUCUAAAGACAUGCUCCAAAAAGCUAGCUCUCAAAACACAAAGAAGGUUUCUAGAAGCUCAACAAGCAGCAAGCAAGGUGCAUCUCAUUUGGAACAGGAAGGUGCAAAUGAAGAUGGGUCUCAUGUUCAAGUGGCUGCUGUGUACAAGGAUAUUGAUAAUGAAAGAAGCUCUCAAGAGAUCAGGGAUGAUGUAUCCAAUGCACAAGUAGAUACAACUUCAUCUAAUGAUAAAAGUUCAGAAGAAGUUGAAGACGUGAAGGUGUGUGACAUAUGUGGAGAUGUUGGUGAGGAGGAGAAGCUCGCUGUCUGUAGCAGAUGCAAUGACGGCGCAGAGCACACGUAUUGCAUGCGGGUAAUGAUGGAAGAGGUUCCAGAUAGUGAGUGGCUGUGCGAAGACUGCCAAACUGCGGUAGAAUCUGAAAAGGAGAAUAGACUAGAAAAAUCUCAGGUGAAGGUUGGCACUUCGAAAGAGCUGUCCUUUGAAGGGGAGAUUAACAAACCUCCCAUUGCUGCAAAGAGCAGAAAUUCUUCAGACUGUAAAUUGAAGGUUGAGAAUGUAGAAAACAAAGAGUCAGAUACCACAAAUGAGGGGAAUGAUACGGUUGAAACCAGGACGGAAGAAGAUGCUGCGAUGACAUCCUCAAUUAGAGAUACUAUUCCUGAAACUGGUGGCUUGUACACGGGGGCUGACUCCAGAAAGAGAAUGCAACCAUCACACGAGAUAUUCAUGUUUGAUGCUGACAAAGGAAAGCAACCUAGCCAUCAAGUGGCAACUUCAUUGGAGUUUAAUGCUCUGAAGAAUCAGGCACCACAGCCUCAUGGCCAACUUUCCAAAUCCACUUCUUUCAACAACUCAAAGGUUCCGAAAGUGAAACAGCUAUUGAAUGAAGUUCCUCAGAAGCUAAAUUUUUUGAAGGAAUCUUGGUCUUCUAUCGUUAAAAAGGAAGGGCCAAUCAGCAUGACUACUAAGUCAGCGACCUUCAAAAAGCCUAAGCCUUGCGAGCCAGCAAACAAGGCAAAGUCUUCCGUCUUGCCAUCUGCAGAGGAGCCAAGGGUGACGAAUCAGUUGGUGAGCUACAACGUAACAAAUGGAAACAGUGAGCUAAAGAAGCCUCCUUUAGCAAAAGUGCCGGGAAGUACGAUGCUAUCUAAUGCUGAAAGAUCCUCAUGUGGGAUUCUUGGUUCCGGUGCUCAUAGAAAAGUGAUUCAGAAUUCAGAUUCUUCACAUCAGGAGACUAAAAUAAAGGACCAAACUGGCUUCAGACAGGGUGCUUCUAGCAGCAAUCGGAAUGUGAAUAAGCCUUCAUUAUCAACUCAAGCUAAUGAGCAGGAUAUGAGAUAUAUUUUAUCCAUCCCUGAGAGCGGAGUAGAUUAUAGCAAGCUGAAGUUGAAAGAUAAUCAUCCAUCUCUAUCUGCCACACCAGGAAUCUCUUCUGAUAAUGGUUGCAUUAUGCCAAAUGAUCAUAGGGAUGAACCUGCUCAAGGGGUUUCAGCUGGUGAUGAACCAUUGUUUUCAACUGUCCCUGAGCUGGACUGGAUAUGGCAAGGUGGUUUUGAGCUGCAGAGGACUGGAAGAUCACCGGAGCUGUGUGAUGGUUUCCAAGCCCACUUAUCAUGUUCUGCUGCACAGUUAGUGUUGGACGUAGUUAAGAAAUUCCCUUCUAAAGUCCAGCUUGAGGAAGUUCCUCGGCAGAAUUCAUGGCCGACACAAUUUCAGGAAAAUGGUCCAACUUAUGACAACAUAGGUCUUUUUUUCUUUGCUAGAGAUGUUCAGAGCUAUGAAAAACACUACAGUAAAUUAGUUGAAAAUAUGCUGAAGAAUGAUUUAGUUCUCAGAGGAAGUGUUGGUACUGUUGAGUUGCUUAUACUCCCGUCCAAUAUCUUGUCAAAGAACUUCCAAAGGUGGAAUAUGUUCUACUUUCUUUGGGGUCUAUUCAGAGUUGGCAAAAAAGAUUCCUCUAACCUCCCAUCUUAUGUAUCCACAAGUAGACUAGAACGAAACUUUAAUGAUGACCCCUGGGCCAUGGAUUGGAGUACGACUGCUUUGUCAUCUACUCAUUCAUUCUCACAAAACAGGAGUGGUUUUGGCGAAAUUUUGGUAAAGUCAACUAAUUUUGCACCGAGUUUGGAAGCCAGUCAUGAGGUGUGUUUGAAUGGAGAGAACUUUUUGAAUCAACCUGUAUGUGGAAGAGGUCUAGAUGAUCACCUAGAUUCAGAUACAGAAACAAGUUCAACAAUUAGCAAUGGUGGUAUGGGUCCCUCUUCCAUGUCUAUGCAAAGAAAACAUCAGAAACUUGAUUAUCCAGAACACGAAGAUAAAAUGAGGGACACCUUUGGUGGUAAUGUUAGUGAAAGAGAUUUUGAUGUGAACGCGGUGCCAGUUACUUGUUCUGUCUCCUUAACCCAUAUUCAGGAAGAACCUGGCAUGGUGAGCACAACCAUCAACCUUAACGAUGCAGACAACCUCAUGGAUAUAGACCAUGUUAAUACCUGUGAGGUUAGCGCAGGUGCACUGGAUCGUUCACAUGCAUCAGGUGGUGCAGAUAAAAGAAGUUUUCGGAUGGCCAAUGUAGCUGAUGAAGUACCCGAGCAUAAGAAAAUUAAAUUGGAUAUGUCUAUGAACUCUGGUUUAUACGAGAAUGCCUACAAUGGAAGGUUAUCAUCUAAGGUGCAUUCCCUUUCAGCUUCCUUUGUGAAUGAUGGCACUAGCAAUAAACCGAUGGCUGGAAGCUCAAGCAGUGGUGGGAAGUGCGUGUUUCCAUUUGAUCUAAAUGCAGAGGAUGAUGCAGUAUCAGAGAACAUCGUAAAUCACUACUAG